UCAUCAGUAAUUAACACAUGGGGAAUUGCAUAGUUCCACAGGCAAAGGCAAAGGCAAAGGCUAUCAGAGUCCUAGAAUAUAAACCUCCAAUCAAAGUGUUAUCAGAAUUCAAAAGCCAUGCCAUUAUCUCUGAUUCACCUGCAAAAAAGAAGAAGAAGAAGGUCAAGUUUGCAGAUGAGGUAGAAGAGGUGAGGAUUAAGGUAGUGAUCAGCAAGCAAGAGCUGAAAUCAAUGGUGAUGAGUGGAGAAGGAAUAUCUCUUAGUGACAUUGUCUGCCAUCAGAUCAAUACAAGUGAGAGCUUAGUUGAUGAUGAUGAUGAAGUUUUCUCUAAGGGAUGGGAGCCAAUGCUUCAUAGCAUACCUGAGAUAGACUAUGCUGCAUGAAGACUUAAUUAGUUGCAGGAUAUAUAAAUAGAUAUUAUCAUUACUGUUACAAAAAUAUAAUAUAGCUUUUCGUCUUCAUUAUAUGCACAAAAAAGUGUCUUAAUGACUCUUUUCUGUAAUGUCAAAAGAAUUUUAUUUAAUUUGCAAAAGAAACAGAGAAAAUGCAGAUAGAUAUUGAUGAUGUGCAUGGAGACCAAUAUAAUAUGGCAAGUGGCAUGGGGUACGUGUUUCCAAAUUAUGAUCGAUGUGAUGUUAUGAUACAAAUUUAUCAAAGCCAUUAAUAGCAUCAAGGAAUCUCACUUUCUUGAAUUUAAGUUAAAUGAUCAUCACCUGACUUCAAGUCAUGAUUGGAAGCGGCAAAGUGAG